CAAUCUGUCUGAGAAAGUUUCACAGUCCCUACCUUUGUCUAGCUGGUAAGAUAUCCCUUUUUUUAUUCAAUAGACCUUCUCCAGGAAAUUGAGCAUCUCGACUUCCAAUUCUAGAUCCUGUUAUGUCUUGAAAAGCACUGUGAACUAACUGAGUAAAAGUGAGGAAAAGGUUCAAGUUUUGGACCUGUGCCACCAUGUCCUUCUUGCAGCAGACCCUCUAUCUGGGCUUUGCAGAUGAUUCGACCCAACUCAAUCAGGGCACUGUGACUCCCUACCCGCAUUUCAGUGCCGAUGGGGAUGCAGGCAUCUUGGAUAAGGCCAUCAAGGCCAAAGGUGUAGAUGAGAACACCCUCAUUGAUGUGCUGGUGAAGAGGAGCAACGCCCAGAGACAGCAGAUCAAAGCUAGCUAUCAAAAGGCUAGUGGCAUGCCUCUGGAGACUGCCCUGAAGUCAGCCCUAAAUGGAGAGCUGGAGGAGGUGGUUCUGGCACUGCUCAAAACGCCAGCCCAAUAUGACGCCCAACAGCUCAAACUGGCCAUGAAGGGAUUGGGCACAGAUGAGGAUACUCUGAUUGAGAUUCUGGCCUCCAGGACCAAUAAAGAGAUCAAAGAGAUAAAGAAAGCCUAUCAGGAAGAAUACAAAAACGAGCUGCAGAAUGACAUCAAGUCUGACACAGGCGGAGACUUCAGAAAUGCUCUGCUCUCGCUCUGCAAGGCUACUAGGAAUGAGGACUUCAUCGUGAACCAGGAACUUGCUGAAAGUGAUGCCAAGGCCCUGUAUGAGGCUGGAGAGAAGAAGAAGGGAACGGACUGCUCUGUCUUCAUAGACAUUCUGACCACCAGAAGUGCUCCUCAGCUCCGCCAAGGGUUUGAGAAGUACUUCAAGUACAGUAAGGUGGAUGUGACAAAGGCUAUCGACCUGGAACUGAAGGGAGACAUUGAGAACUGUCUGACUGCCUUGGUGAAGUGUGCUGGAAGCAAGCCUGCUUUCUUUGCUGAGAUUCUCAACUUGGCCAUGAAGGGUAAAGGAACCAGGACCAAGAUUCUGACCCGUAUCAUGGUGAGCCGUUCUGAAGUGGACAUGGCCCGGAUCAAACAAGCGUACCAGAAGACGUUUGGGAAAACCCUCUACCAGGAUAUUCUGAAUGACACCAAUGGCGACUAUGAGAAGAUCCUACUGGCCUUGUGUGGAAGUGACAGCUAACUUUCUCUCCUCUCUCACCUAGCAAGAAUGGCAUUCGCACCAUUUUAGAAAACUGUACAUGAAACAUUACCCUCCAAUGCCUCAAUGUGCACUUCCCAAAAUAUAAUGGUUCAUGACAAAUAUCUGAAAUGGCAGUCCUGAUGUAUUUUUGCUAAAUGCUAACAGCAAUAAGCAGUUAGUAUGUUAAGCAGCAUUGCAUAAUUUAGCCUAGCUUCAGUAGACUUGGUGAUCUAUUCCAUAGUGCAAUAUAUCACACACUUAACCAUGUGUGCCAAGAAUAUACAGUGGCAUUGUACCCUGGUUGAAUAACUGGUCCUUUGUGAAAAUAAAGCUUUAUGUGGAUCCAAA